CCCGCGCGCCCGAAUUACAUAUAGCAUCCACAUCAAGGAGCAGCACGCGAAAGUCAUACGCAUUGGAGGCACGCUGUGGUUGAUGACGGCGGACUGUAACGUGGUUUUAACUGUUUUAAAGCAUUUUUAGCUGCUAUCAUACGAUUUUAGUUAGCUGUUUACGAUGCCAUCCAAGACGUCUCUAUCUUUGCCAGACGAUGUCAGGAAAAGGUUGCAGAUGCUGGAUGAGGAUGGAUUUUCAGAGGAGGAUCAAGUGAAAGAGAAGCUCAAGUUGCUGCAGGACUUCCUGCAUGAUGAUGUCCAGACCCAAUUGACCAGCCUUGAGAAAAAGAUGACAAGUUCAGAGAUCUCAAUGGAGGUCUACAUCUCAAAAGUGAAAACCUUGCUGGGUGAAGAACUUCACCUUGAAAAUGGCUCACACGUUGAUGGUGUGGAGCAGAAUGGAAAGACAAAUGGCUUCAUUAAUGGCUCACAUACAGAUGAACCGGAUGAUGUAGCCAUGGGUUCACAGGAAGAGGAAGAAGAAGCUGUUAAGUCCCCCACCGCUUCCAAAGGGAAGGGUGGACGCAGGAGCAAGGCCAAUGCUGACACGAAAAAGUCUCCUGCAAGUACCAGGGUUACAAGAAACAGUGGGAAACAGCCAAGCAUCUUGUCAAUGUUCUCUAAAGUUCAGAAACGCAAGUCUGAAGACUUGAAUGGAGAAGAUGUCAAUGGGCAAAUUGAACCGAAGAAAGAAGAUGACCUGGAGGAGUCUCGGGAAGAGAAGCGCCUCAAAGUGGAUUCGGAUGAGAAAAGUGCUCCAGAAGAGUCUAAGAGCGAGACGAUUAAACCCAUAUCUGCUGCAAAGGUAAUGACAUGGAUCAUCCAGCAGUGCGUCAUGGCUACACCACCCCCCAAAUGCCCAGACUGCAGGCAGUACUUGGAUGACUCAGACCUGAAGUUUUUUCAGGGAGAUCCUGAUAAUGCGCUUGAUGAACCAGAAAUGCUGACAGAUGAGCGCCUCUCCCUGUUUGAAUCAAAUGAAGAUGGAUUUGAGAGCUAUGAGGAUUUACCACAGCACAAAAUCACAAACUUUAGUGUGUAUGAUAAGCGUGGCCAUCUUUGUCCAUUUGACUCUGGGUUGAUUGAGAAGAACGUGGAGCUUUACUUCAGCUGUGUCGUUAAACCCAUAUAUGAUGACAACCCUUGCUUGGACGGUGGCGUUCCUGCCAAAAAGCUUGGACCAAUCAACGCCUGGUGGAUCACUGGUUUUGAUGGAGGAGAACGGGCUCUAAUUGGUUUCACUACAGCUUUUGCCGACUACAUCUUGAUGCAGUCCAGCGAGGAGUACGCUCCCAUUUUUGCACUGAUGCAGGAGAAAAUCUAUAUGAGCAAGAUUGUGGUUGAAUUCCUCCAGAAGAACCCUGAUGCCACUUAUGAGGACCUGCUCAACAAAAUCGAGACCACCGUCCCUCCUUCUGGACUAAACUUCAACUGCUUUACUGAAGACACACUUCUGCGUCAUGCUCAGUUUGUGGUUGAACAGGUGGAGAGUUAUGAUGAGGCCGGAGACUCGGACGAGCAGCCCAUCAUUGUUACUCCCUGCAUGAGAGACUUGAUCAAACUUGCAGGAGUCACUCUGGGGAAGAGGAGAGCUGCCAGAAGACAGGCAAUCCGCCACCCAACAAAGAUUGAGAAGGACAACAAGGGGCCGACGAAAGCCACUACAACUACACUGGUUUACCAGAUCUUUGAUGCCUUCUUUUCUGACCAGAUAGAACAGAAUGAUAAAGAGGGGGGGCUCAAAAGACAGCGCUGUGGUGUCUGUGAGGUGUGUCAGUCUCCUGAUUGUGGAAAGUGUACAGCAUGCAAAGACAUGAUCAAAUUUGGAGGAGGUGGCAGAAGCAAGCAGGCUUGUAAGCAGAGAAGAUGCCCCAACCUUGCUGUAAAGGAGGCUGAAGACGAUGAGAACAUCGAGGAGGAAGAUGUUCCGGCAGAGAAGCCGAAGAAGGUCGCUCAGACCAAGAGGAAGAAGCAGACCCAGUGCAAACUGGCGUGGAUCGGAGAACCUGUUCAGUCCCAGGGAAAGAAGCACUACUACAGCAAGGUGUCUGUGAACGACGAGGUGCUGGAGGUGGGAGACUGUGUGUCGGUGUCAUCAGAGGAUCCAUCUAUUCCUCUGUACCUGGCGAGAAUCGGCUCGCUGUGGGAGGACAAUAACGGAAAGAUGUUCCAUGCCCACUGGUUCCUUCGUGGUACUCACACGGUGCUCGGUGAGUCGUCUGAUCCGCUGGAGCUCGUCAUUGUGAACGAAUGCGAGGACAUGCUGCUCAGUUAUGUCCAUGGAAAAGUGAAUAUCAUGUACAAGGCCCCAUCCAACAACUGGUGUAUGGAGGGAGGGUUGGAUGUUGACCUCAAAGUGAUUGAGGAUGAUGGAAAGAGUUUCUUCUAUCAGUUUUGGUAUGAUACAGAGUUUGCCCGAUUUGAGACUCCUCCUAAGACUACGUUGCCAUCAGAAAAGUGCGAGUUCAGGUUCUGUGGCAGCUGUGCUUACACUAAAGAGAAGGAAGAGCACGAAACUCCUCGUGCAUUAGAACCCCUGGAUAACGCAGACAGUGACACCAAGGUUCUGUAUGCUUUGGCCUGUUUCAAAGGAGAGCAGUUCAAGGUGGGAGACAGUGUCUAUCUGCCUCCUGAAGCCUUUAAUUUCAGUGUGAAGACAGCUAGUCCAGUGAAGCGCUCGCAUAGGAAAGAGGAUGUGGACGAAGAUCUGUAUCCAGAGUACUACAGGAAGUCCUCAGACUACAUUAAGGGCUCAAACCUUGACGCUCCAGAGCCCUUCCGUGUCUGUCGCAUCAAGGAGAUCUUCUGCCACCGGCGUAGCAACGGGAAGGCCGACACCUCAGAGGUCAAACUGCGACUCUACAAGUUCUACAGGCCUGAGAACACCCACAAAGGUGUCAAAGCCAGUUACCACACGGACAUCAAUCAGCUCUACUGGAGUGAUGAGGAGGUGACCUACAGCAUGUCUGAGGUGCUGGGACGUUGUCAGGUGGAAUACGCAGAGGACCUGAAUGAGUCGAUCCAGGACUACUCCAGUGGGGCGCCAGACCGCUUCUAUUUCUUGGAGGCCUACAAUGCAAAGUCGAAGAGCUUUGAAGAUCCUCCAAACCACGCUCGCUCUGCUGUCCAUAAAGGAAAGGGAAAGGGCAAAGGAAAAGGUAAAGGCAAAGGAAAGGCUGCACAGGAACUCCAGGAGUCUCAGACAGAAGCACAAGCUCCAAAAGUCUCCAAAUAUCGCACGCUCGACGUGUUCUCCGGCUGUGGGGGGCUCUCCGAAGGCUUCCAUCAGGCCGGUAUAUCAGAGACUCUGUGGGCCAUAGAGAUGUGGGAGCCAGCAGCCCAGGCCUUCAGGCUCAACAACCCUGGAACCACAGUGUUCACUGAAGACUGCAACGUCCUGCUCAAGCUGGUGAUGGCUGGAGAGAAGACCAAUUCCCUGGGCCAGAAGCUGCCUCAGAGGGGGGAUGUGGAGAUGCUGUGUGGAGGACCUCCCUGUCAAGGUUUCAGUGGGAUGAACCGCUUCAACUCGCGCACAUAUUCCAAGUUUAAGAACUCGCUUGUAGUCUCUUAUCUCAGCUAUUGCGACUACUACAGGCCAAAGUUCUUCCUUCUGGAGAACGUGAGGAACUUUGUCUCUUUCAAAAACUCCAUGGUCCUGAAACUCACCCUGCGCUGUCUUGUUCGGAUGGGCUACCAGUGCACCUUUGGAGUCCUUCAGGCUGGUCAGUACGGCGUUGCCCAGACCCGCCGUAGGGCCAUCAUCCUGGCGGCGGCUCCCGGGGAGAAGCUGCCUCGCUACCCGGAGCCCCUGCAUGUGUUCGCUCCCAGAGCCUGCUCCCUGACCGUGGCGGUGGACGAGAAGAAAUACGUCAGCAACGUUACGCGAGGCAACGGUGGCAUCUACAGAACGAUCACGGUCAGGGACACCAUGUCCGACCUGCCGGAGAUCCGUAACGGCGCGGCUGCCCUGGAGAUCUCCUACAACGGCGAGCCGCAGUCGUGGUUCCAGAGGCAGAUCCGAGGCACACAGUACCAGCCAAUCCUCCGAGACCACAUCUGUAAGGACAUGAGCGCGCUGGUGGAGGGUCGGAUGCGCCACAUCCCCUUGGCUCCGGGCUCCGACUGGCGAGAUCUGCCCAACCUUGAAGUCCGGCUGAAAGACGGCACCAUGACCAAGAAGCUGCGCUACACGCACCACGAUAAAAAGAACGGACGCAGCAGCACCGGAGCCCUCCGAGGCGUCUGCACCUGCUCAGGAGGGAAGCCUUGUGACCCUGCGGACAGGCAGUUUAACACCCUGAUCCCCUGGUGUCUGCCCCACACUGGGAACCGCCACAAUCACUGGGCCGGACUUUACGGAAGGCUGGAGUGGGAUGGAUUCUUCAGCACAACGGUCACCAACCCUGAACCCAUGGGCAAACAGGGCCGUGUUCUGCAUCCUGAGCAGCACCGGGUAGUCAGUGUGAGAGAGUGUGCACGCUCGCAGGGAUUCCCCGACACCUACCGCUUCUUUGGAAAUGUCCUCGACAAACACAGACAGGUCGGAAAUGCCGUCCCCCCUCCGCUCUCCAGAGCCAUCGGGCUAGAGCUUAAGAAGUGUGUCAUGCAGAGAAUGAAGGAAGAAAAUGCAGCAGAAAUCAAACAAGAGGGCAUGGAGGUGUCUGAUUAGUUCUCUGUUCUUUAUUCAGCUAAAUGAAUUCUUGAUGUUGGGAAAUGUUUUUAUAAAUAUCCGCUGGCGUUUAGCCGUUCAUCACUAAGGGGCCAGAAUGGACGUUCAAUGUAGUAACCAAUCCAUGUUGUUUUAACUGUGCUUUUAAUCAUGUCUACUUAAAGUGGGAUAAAUUGUAUGUAGUUUUUAUAUGUAAUAUUUCAAAUAAAGCUCUUAUGAAAGUUGA